CCCGGUGUUGAGGACGGAAGGAAGUCUUCCUGGCUGGCCGGACCACGGCACUCUUUUCCCCGCAUCGACAAACCUCUUCCUCCGCCGCUGCCUGGAGCUUAUUGUCUUUUUUUUUUCUGCGUGGAAAUGUUUUUGCGUGGGAGCUUCCCUGCGCUAUGACCUCCCCUCCACCGGGAUCGACUUUCGAUCGAGUGUUGUUUGGCUUUCUUCUUCCUGGGGCCAAACCUCAAAAAUCCCACGCUGAGGAUCCUGGAUUUUUUUUUUUUUUUGUGUGUCUUUUGAUGCUUUGACGUGACCCCAGCCCGCAGAGACCACAGGAGACCAGCAGAGACCAGCAGUGGGUCGGCCUCACAAUGGGCUCGUCCAAGAGUAAGCCCAAGGAGGCGGGUCUGCGCACCGUCAGCCUCGACGGCCUGGUCUCCGGGGGAGGCGGCCAGAACGUCAGCUCCGCCCACCCGGCCUUGACCCCCAAUCGCAGCAACACGGUGGAGGGCGGUCUGGGCGGCAACCAGUACUCCAGCAACAACGCCGAGGUGCCCCUGUUUGGCGGCGUGGACAACAGCAGCCUCAGCAACUCCUCCAGCAGGAUGACCUUCUCUGGAGGUGUGAUGACCUUCGUGGCGUUGUAUGACUACGAGUCGCGGACCGCCUCUGACCUGUCCUUCAGAAAGGGAGAACGCCUCCAGAUCGUCAACAACAUGAGGAAGGUGAACAGCAGAGAGGGCGACUGGUGGCUGGCGCGCUCCUUGACCACCGGAGAGAACGGAUAUAUUCCCAGCAACUACGUGGCUCCGUCUGAUUCCAUCCAAGCUGAAGAUCAUUUCAGACUGACUGCAGAUUCCAGGUGGUUCUUUGGCAAGAUAUCGCGCCGCGACUCUGAGAGGCUGCUGCUGAAUUUGGAGAACCGAAGAGGAACGUUUCUGGUGAGGGAAAGCGAGACCACCAAAGGUGCCUACUGUCUCUCCGUGCUGGACUACGACAACACCAAGGGACUCAACGUGAAACACUACAAGAUCCGCAAGUUGGACAGCGGCGGCUUCUACAUCACGUCGCGCACGCAGUUCAGCACCCUGCAGCAGCUCGUCAGUCACUACCGCAAACACGCGGACGGACUGUGCCACAGUCUUUCAGACAUCUGUCCCGUGCUGAAACCUCAGACUCAGGGCCUGGCCAAAGAUGCCUGGGAGAUUCCCAGAGAGUCUCUCCAUCUGGACCUCAAACUUGGACAAGGCUGCUUCGGGGAGGUUUGGAUGGGAACGUGGAACGGUACGACCCGAGUGGCCAUCAAGACCCUGAAACCCGGCACCAUGUCCCCGGAGGCCUUCUUGCAGGAGGCCCAGGUCAUGAAGAAGCUGAGGCACGAGAAGCUGGUGCAGCUUUACGCCGUGGUGUCCGAGGAGCCCAUCUACAUCGUCACAGAGUUCAUGGGCAAAGGCAGUUUACUGGACCUCCUGAAAGGUGACAUGGGUAAGAUGCUCCGCCUCCCUCAGCUGGUGGACAUGGCGUCUCAGAUUGCCGCAGGCAUGGAGUACGUGGAGAGGAUGAACUACGUGCACAGAGACCUGAGGGCCGCCAACAUCCUGGUCGGAGAGAACCUGGAGUGCAAGGUGGCCGACUUUGGCCUGGCUCGCCUGAUCGAGGACAACGAGUACACGGCCAGACAAGGAGCCAAGUUUCCCAUCAAGUGGACGGCGCCUGAGGCCGCUCACUUCGGACGCUUCACCAUCAAAUCUGACGUGUGGUCAUUCGGGGUCCUGCUGACGGAGCUGGCCACCAAAGGAAGAGUUCCUUAUCCAGGGAUGGUGAACCGCGAGGUCCUGGACCAGGUGGAGCGCGGCUACAGGAUGCCGUGCCCGGCCGAGUGCCCGCCGUCUCUGCACGAGCUGAUGCAGACCUGCUGGAAGAGGGAGCCCGAGGAGCGGCCCACUUUCGAGUACCUGCACUGCUUCCUGGAGGACUACUUCACCUCCACCGAGCCUCAGUACCAGCCGGGGGAGAACCUGUAACCUUCCAGUACAAUCCAGUCGUUUUUUUUUCCCCAAAGCCAAGAAGUUUCUAGGUCAAGUUUGGCGCCCUCUUGUGGACACGUGCCAGACAGCUGCCGAAAAGCGAGGCCUCAACCGCGGGAACCUUGGCUUGUCGUCUUCCGUUUCGUUUUCUUCCGGAACAUCCACUCAUCGCUUGAAGUCUACUGGGUGUGUUCACUUGAUUCAUUUCUUCCUGCUUACGUUCCGACACAUCUCUUUGCUGCGUCUUCGGGAAAUAGCGACAAAACCCGACUUUUCCCAACGGUAAAAAGCCGAAUUUAACCGCGGGAAUUUUUUUUGUGCCAAUGAAACCCCCCCCCCCCCCCCUUCUUUAACUGUGCCCGUUUGAAAGCAUUUAAAUCUAAACUGAGCUAAUCGUCAUCAACGUCUCCUAAAUUGUGUAUUUUUACACCAGCUUUUUACAUUUUCUGUGCAUUUUCCAGCACAGCAAUACACUGGAAUGAAUGAGCCUGGCGUCGGUGUAAUGCCAAACGUCCGCCUGCGGGGGGCACUGCAGGAAGCCCUCCAAAAACACACGUCCACAUCUUGAAAGAAAUGCAAUUGUAAAUAUACUCAAUGUUUAUAUUUUGUACAUAUAUUAUCUUUAUAAUUUAUUUCUUUAAAAAAUAACAAUAAUAAUAACCCUGUACUUUUGUUUGUUUUUUGCUUUUAGCAUCGCCUAAAUACGAAAAUAAGGUACUCGCCACGCUGAAAAAGAAAAAAAACGUUUAAUUACGAGGAAGAAUAAAAGACGAAGAAUAAAGACGCAAAAUUUGAUCCUGUUAUGACGGAAAGAAAUUGCGGGGAAAUUUGGUAAAUAUUAAAACAUUUUUAUUGUCGCGAGAAAAAGGUCUUAAUGUUACGUGAAUAAAGUUACAAAGUAUGUAGUAUAAUAUUUUGGGGAAAAUAGUCGUAGUUUCACGAGAAAAAUGAUUUUCAUAACAUUCAGACUUUUUCCUAUGUCGACGGAACACAAUUGCGUUAUCGUGAGAAUGUCGUCACAAUGUUACAACUUUUUUUCUUUUAACGUCAGAAGUUUAUUUACGUAACGUGGCAACAUUAUUUACACAACAAUAUAGCAUAUAUUUAUUUUCUUUUUUUUUUGUUACUAAUUUGUUUUCAUAAAAUUGGGACAAUGUUCUCACAACAAUAUGAUAUAUUGUACGUAAAAUUUGUAAAACUAUAUCAAUUUUAAUAUUUGUGACGAGGAAACAGAUCUUAAGGUUACACAAAUAAAGUUACGAUAACCAAGUAACCCUACAAAAAGUUGUUACUCCAGUCACAGUCCAUGUUUUUCUCGUAACAAUAAAACUGACUUCUCGUAACAUUACGACUUUUUUAUGUUUUUUUGUAACAUCGAGACUUUGUUCUUUUAAUCCCACAUAUUUAUUUUUGUGGCGUUGUUCUCUUAGCCGACAUAUUUUUCAUAACAUUCAGACUUUUUCCUUUGUCGACGGAACACAGUUGUGUUAUCGUGAGAAUGUCGUCACAAUGCUACAACUUUUUUUUUCUUUUAACGUCAAAGUUUAUUUUUGUAACAUUGCGACAUUAUUUACAGAACAAUGAAGCAUAUAUUUAUUUUCUUUUUUUUUGUUACUAAUUUGUUUUCGGAAAAUUGGGACAAUGUUCUCGCAACAAUAAUAUAUUUUACGUAAAAUUUGUAAAAUGAUAUAAAUUUUAAUAAUUGUGACAAGGAAAUAGAUCAUAAGGUUACACAAAUAAAGUUACGAUAACCAGGUAACCCUACAAAAAGCUGUUACUCCAGUAACAGUCCAUGUUUUUCUCGUAACAAUAGAACUGACUUCUCGUAACAUUACGACUUUUUUAUGUUUUUUUGUAACAUCAAGACUUUGUUCUUUUAAUCCCACAUAUUUAUUUUCGUGGCGUUGUUCUCUUAGCCGACAUAUUUUUCAUAACAUUCAGACUUUUUCCUAUGUCGACGGAACACAAUUGCGUUAUCGUGAGAAUGUCGUCACAAUGUUACAACCUUUUUUCUUUUAACGUCAGAAGUUUAUUUUCGUAACAUUGCAACAUUAUUUACACAACAAUAUAGCAUAUAUUUAUUUUCUUUUUUUUUUGUUACUAAUUUGUUUUCAUAAAAUUGGGACAAUGUUCUCACAACAAUAUGAUAUGUUUUACGUAAAAUUUGUAAAACUAUAUCAAUUUUAAUAUUUGUGACGAGGAAACAGAUCUUAAGGUUACACAAAUAAAGUUACGAUAAUCAAGUAACCCUACAAAAAGUUGUUACUCCAGUCACAGUCCAUGUUUUUCUCGUAACAAUAAAACUGACUUCUCGUAACAUUACGACUUUUUUAUGUUUUUUUUUAACAUCAAGACUUUGUUCUUUUAAUCCCACAUUUAUUUUCGUGGCGUUGUUCUCUUAGCCGACGUAUUUUUCAUAACAUUCCGACUUUUUCCUAUGUCGACGGAACACAAUUGCGUUAUCGUGAGAAUGUCGUCACAAUGUUACAACCUUUUUUCUUUUAACGUCAAAGUUUAUUUUUGUAAAAAUGCGACAUUAUUUACAGAACAAUGAAGCAUAUAUUUCUUUUCUUUUUUUUUGUUACUAAUUUGUUUUCGGAAAAUUGGGACAAUGUUCUCACAACAAUAUAAUAUAUUUUACGUAAAAUUUGUCAAAUGAUAUAAAUUUUGAUAAUUGUGACGAGGAAAUACAUCUUGAGGUUACACAAAUAAAGUUACGAUAAUCAAGUAACCCUACAAAAAGCUGUUACUCCAGUAACAGUCCAUGUUUUUCUUGUAACAAUAGAACUGACUUCUCGUAACAUUACGACUUUUUUAUGUUUUUUUGUAACAUCAAGACUUUGUUCUUUUAAUCCCACAUAUUUAUUUUUGUGGCGUUGUUCUCUUAGCCGACGUAUUUUUCAUAACAUUCAGACUUUUUCCUAUGUCGACGGAACACAAUUGCGUUAUCCUGAGAAUGUCGUCACAAUGUUACAACUUUUUUUUUCUUUUAACGUCAAAGUUUAUUUUCGUAACAUUGCGACAUUAUUUACAGAAUAAUGAAGCAUAUAUUUCUUUUCUUUUUUUUUGUUACUAAUUUGUUUUCGGAAAAUUGGGACAAUGUUCUCGCAACAAUUUAAUUUUCGUAAAUUUUUGUUAAAAUUAUAUAUUUUUUUCUCUUAAUAAUAUAACUUCCAACAAUAAAGCAUAUUUCUCACAAGAUUACAACUUUAUUCUCGUAAAUGUACAGUUUUUUUUUCUUUCACACCGUGGCGCUAACACUGCUUGUAAGUUAACCCUAACGGUACUUUUUCCGACUUAACGCUACAUUUACUAUGGAAUUACGUUACAUGUACGAUUACUUUGGUGCAUGUCGUUCUGCGAAGCUUUUUUUGGUGGCGAUUGUUUUGGAGGGAAACCUAGCAGGCGCUCGUGUUUCCAUGACGGCGUUGUCGAACCACGAGCAUGUCGGUCAGGGGUUGCCAUAGCAACAGAAAGUUAUUGUUAAAAGAUGGCGUGAGGACCACGGACUCGUAGCAUCUUCUCAUUAUUGAGAACCGGUCCUCCUUUCAUGAUGUUAGAGCUGAAGUGAAUGAAAAGAAGCAUGCAGAAAAAUGGCCAUAAUGCAAAGAAUAAUGCAAGCCUUGUCUUCUCUCCUACUAUGCAGAAAUAUAUUUUUGGUGUUUUUGUUUCUUAAAACUGGUUAUAUCACAGCGGUACUUUUCUACUGUAUCCAGUGGGAAUGUUGACAUUAUAACUUUCUUUUUUGAUAAAUCUUGUUGAAAAAUUGUUCAAUUCUGGAAAAAAAGUUUGAAUAAAAACUUGUAAACGACUAAA